UACCCUCUUUAAGCCUUAAGGAAGGGGAGUGAUACCUGCUGCUGUUUGCAGGACUUUUGAUACGUGGUAUUUUAAGCUGCCUUGAUGUUUGGAGAGGAAAGGAAGGUAUUGGAAAAUAUAUGUAUUACCUCCUAAAUGUGAUUUAUCUUACAUUAAAGGCUUCCCAAGACUGGAGCCUGAUGGUACACUUCGACUGGGAAUGUUAAGUGCAGUACUAGGGGGAAAAGACCACAGUACUUUUUUGUGAUAAAUUGAUGUCUGUAUUUUCUCCCUAAAUGUGCAAAUGAACCAAAAGAGAUGAACAGACCGUAUCACAGAAUUAUGUGAAAUUAAAUUUAAAAUCAGCAUUUUUACUUCUAGCUAUCAUUAACGUCUGAUGCUCCGUGGCCUUGGGCUGCAUUACAUUUUUAUCUGCACUCUUUCUCAAAUUAAGUUGUCGAAGCAUUUUCUAAACUUAGGAGAAGCAGUUGGGACCAGAUUGAAAGUAUCUUUAGCCAGCAGGAAUGUUUUGACGGAUCUAUUAAUAAGGAUAUUCCAUCUUGGAAGUUGCUGAUUGUACAGGUGAAGAAUUGCUUUCUCUCUCUGAAUGGUUCUCAUGAUGUGGUUCUCAUUCUCAGAUGCUUUCUUUGGAAUCCCCAGACUCAGAAAUGGUUAAUGGAAAGCAAAUGUCAUCUUGUUUAUGUGAUUCCAUUUUUCCACUGUCCUAUACAUUACUUACAAGAUCUGCCUGUCUUCCAGGGCUGCUUUCUGUUUUCAUAACUAAUGAGUUUCCCAACGCCAUCAGUGUGAUCUGUUAGUUCUCUCGGAGGCAUGACAGUGUGGAAGGAGCAGCGCAGUGAUGUGUCAAGUGUACGUGAAAAUUGAGUGAUCCCACUGCAAGGGUUUUAUUGAGCAAGAAGAAAUGCUUACGCUGAAAAAUCCGAGCCUUGGCCAAGGCACAACUAAAACGGAGAGAACGCUUAGGAAACAUUUAUUAAACCCUGAGGACCUUUACAUGCCAUGAACCCUAACUUACUUUGGAUCAGGAUCUCCAUGGCACGUGAACUAGAAAGUAAUCUGCAAUAGAAGGUCUCUUUAUUGUGAAGCGACAGUCUUGCUCAAAAUGGUUGGAAAGCUCAAGCAGAACUUGCUGUUGGCGUGCCUGGUGAUCAGUUCAGUGACAGUGUUCUACUUGGGCCAACACGCCAUGGAGUGCCACCACCGCAUAGAGGAGCGCAGCCAGCCGGCGCGGCUGGAGGGCCUGAGAAGCACAGUGAGAACUGCCUCUAAUGGAAACACCAAUAAAACCUUUGCUUACAACAAAGACAUGCCUUUAAUAUUUAUUGGAGGAGUACCUCGAAGUGGCACUACGUUAAUGCGUGCCAUGCUCGACGCUCAUCCGGAUAUUCGAUGUGGAGAGGAGACGAGGGUAAUCCCACGAAUUCUGGCAGUGAAGCAGAUGUGGGCCAGGUCAAGCAAAGAGAAGAUCCGGCUGGAUGAAGCUGGAGUCACAGAUGAGGUCCUGGACUCAGCCAUGCAAGCGUUUUUAUUGGAAAUCAUCGUGAAACAUGGGGAGCCUGCGCCUUAUUUGUGUAACAAAGACCCUUUUGCUCUAAAAUCCUUAACUUAUCUUGCUAGAAUUUUCCCCAAUGCCAAAUUUCUUCUAAUGGUACGGGAUGGUCGUGCAUCUGUACAUUCCAUGAUAUCUCGAAAAGUCACAAUAGCUGGGUUUGACCUCAACAGCUACAGAGACUGUUUGACCAAGUGGAAUCGUGCUAUAGAAACUAUGUAUAACCAGUGUAUGGAGGUUGGCUUUGAAAGAUGUAUGCUGGUACAUUAUGAACAGCUUGUAUUGCAUCCUGAAAGGUGGAUGAGAACUCUCUUAAAGUUCCUCCGCAUCCCGUGGAACCAAGCAGUGCUGCACCACGAAGAAAUGAUUGGAAAAGCCGGGGGUGUUUCUCUUUCCAAAGUUGAAAGAUCUACUGACCAAGUCAUCAAGCCAGUCAAUGUGGAAGCGCUGUCCAAGUGGGUUGGGAAGAUCCCUGCUGAUGUUCUGCAGGACAUGCCGGUGAUCGCACCCAUGCUAGCAAAACUGGGCUAUGAUCCGUAUGCCAACCCACCAAACUAUGGGAAGCCAGAUCAGAAAGUUGUGGAAAACACCAGAAGGGUCUUUAAAGGUGAAUUUCAGCUUCCUGACUUCCUUAAAGAAGCGCCACAGCCAAAGAAGACAGUAGAAAGGAGGUCUCGUGGCAAGAUAAAAUGAACGUGGAUCAGUGAAGUCGAAUAGCUGUAGUACUGAACCCAUGGAAUAGAAGACGCAAUGGAUAUUUCUUGCACAGAAGAAGAACACUGCUGCCUUCUCAAUGGAAGUGAUGUUACAAGGACGGUCCCACUCAGAUCAAUGAGGUGUACUGCUCAUGGCCUGCUUUUCUCACGGUUCUCUCCCCAUUACUUUCGUGCUCUCGUCUUUAUGUUCGAGGUUUUGUUGUUGUGAGCGCAUGCAAACCUGUUUAAAAAAAAAAAAAAAUACUAAAAAAGUCACUGUUAAAUGUAGAACCGUAUUACAUGUAAACAACUACUUUUGAGGUCUUCAGAAACGCAGAACAACGCCUGUGUCUGCAAUUGCUCUUCUGUCGUCUCAAUCCCAAGCCUCCAUCCUCAAGGGUCUUUUAUUUUACUUUUUUCUCCCUUUAGCAGUUUGGUUUUCAGUGUAUGAACCUUUCAGAGGAGUGGUCUGUGCUUGUCCUAAACGGUUUUUUUUUGGUGGAACAGUUUUGUUUUAUCGACAUGUGGAAAUGGUUUAAAUAUCUUUUAUUUAAAAAAAAAAAAAAAAAAAGAAAAAAAAAAAAGAUAAAUGACAUGUAUAAUUACAAUUCAAUGACCUUUUGUAUUUUAUUUUUCAAAAUAAAUGCUUUAAAUGUGA